CUGCAGUCUCACCAGUCCACUUCAAUAAUCCGUCACCUCUCCUGGGGAGCAGAGUAGAGGACUGAGAGUGAGGUCAUUCCACUGCAGUGCUCCAGGUCCAGCCACUACUGGGGCUCAGGGACGACCCAGGAGUGAUCGGGGACGACCUCCCAAUGUCUCUGGACCACUUCCGCAAACCUAGUCAACCUGCUGCCGGGACCACUGACCAUCAGGAGGAUGGAUGGUGUGAUGGAUACACUCUGCCUCACCCUGUGUGGAGUGAGGAGGAAUUGAACUCUGUCCAGAUCACUCACACUCCUCCAGAGAAACCUGUUGACACGGCUGCCUAUUACUCUGUGCAGAUGCUGAGGACGGGGUUUGAUCUAUUGUCUGGGUAUUCGUGGGGCAAGAGGUUUGGUACACUGGAUGAGAAGAAGUGGCUCUCAACAAUCAUCUAUCUUAAGAGACAGUGGCCGGAGUAUAUACCAGGUAUGAUAGGUGCGAUGGUGCGUCACUUGAAGUCUCUGCGGCGCAUGACUCGGGACCAUGGCUGGAUACACACCUUGCUGGAGGAGGCAGAGAAUGAGAGGAUGCACCUCCUCACAGCUAUGGAGCUGAGGAGACCUGGACCUCUCUUCAAGAUUGCCGUCAUUGGAACACAGGCCGCAUUCUUGGACAGAUCAAAGCAGCUCUAGAUGAAACAUCUUGGAAUGUGGACCGACUCUCUCUACUGAAAGUGACUCUCAAGAAGAAGCUAGACACAUUGAUGGGACUCGAUGCAGAGAUCAUCUAAAACACGCCAGAGGAUGGAUUCGAUGAUGAGAUUAAGCAAUCAGACGAAUACGAAUACCUUGGGGGAAAAUGUACGUGUGGGAAUGCAGUUGGAUUGCUAACCUAUGACAUUGAUGUUGAACGUUGUCCUAACUGGUUCGUCUGCCAAUCACAUCAUGCAUUGAACGAAAGGGGUGAUGGGGCUACUAGUCUGCAGGUCGACAUGUCAUUGGAGUGUUUGCAGGGGUGAUGGGGGGACUAACUGCUGUUCAUACUACAUUGGGUUGGGUAUUGUCAGGUGCUGCACAGAACUCAGUAAAGUGUUGGAUGAACAUGACCACCACACAUGCACUCCCUUCUGACACACAUGCCUCCGAGACCAUGGGUCUAGAUCAGCAACACAACUUCCUACCAUUCCGAUCAUAUAGAAUUGCCCUAACAGCUGACAUAGAGAAGAUCAAUAGCCGUGACCUCCUACACUUGAUCUGGGUAGAUGACAUACACAAGGAGAAGCCUGCAUCUAAAGUUUUCUAAAUGCAACCAUCAAAUUCCGCAACAAAGAAGUUGUUAAAAAACUACUGAGACAUUGUCACAGGUGCAGACUCCGAAGAGGCUUUAUUCGUGUUCCGGAGAGGUGGUGGGAUUCGGCCUCAAGAAGUUUCUGACCAAUUCUCGAGAGCUGCAAAAACAAAUCAACAAUGCUGAAGGCAUUGAACACGUGGAGUCAGAUGCCCCGCAAUUGAGCUACUCAGACGAGACAUUAUGCCAAGGUAAUGCUUGGGACUAUGCCAACCAAGGAAUUUGGCAAGCACAAAAUAAUUCUAGGAGUACCAUGGAACACCAGCAGUGACGUCUACUCUUCGAUGCAUCAGAGUUGGCCCAUCUUGCCAAGAAGUUUCAACCUGAAUCUUGUCAGUGUAAUUGGCAAAUUCUACCACCUUUUUGGUCCCUGACACCUAUCGUUACGAGCGUGUCAAUAGAGUCAAGAAAACUUA